AUGACUACAGGAAAGAAAAAGAUCGUGGUUGUGGGGUUGGGCAUGGUCGGAAUUGCAUUCAUAGAGAAACUCUUGAAAUAUGACGCCCAUGAACGACAAUAUACAAUUACUGUUCUUGGUGAAGAAUCACACGUUGCGUAUAAUCGAGUCGGAUUGACGAGCUUUUUUGAGCAUCGCAAAGUCGAAAACUUGUACAUGAACCCUCUAACAUGGUACGAGGAAACAAACGCCUCUCUCAGCUAUCACAUCAACACAAAAGUCACAUACAUAGACUCGUCCUCCAAGACAGUCACAUGCGAGAAUGGCGAUAUCGUAGCCUACGAUAUACUAGUCCUUGCGACGGGCUCACAUGCCUCAAUACCACGACACACCCCAGGAUGUGACGCCAACGGGGUAUUCGUAUACAGAACAAUCGACGACUUAGUAAAUCUCAUUGCCUUUGCGGCCGAGAGAAAAGGGACAACGGGAUGCGUUGUCGGCGGAGGACUGCUAGGUCUUGAAGCGGCCAAAGCAAUGAUGGACCUUGAGAGUUUUCAUUCGGUCAAGUUGAUAGAGCGCAAUAAAUGGGUUCUCAGUCGCCAACUUGACCUAGAUGCAGGGAACAUGGUUGUCCAGCAAGUCCGUCAGCUUGGUCUGGACGUCAUGCUGAGCAAGCGUGUGAAGGAAAUCAAGGUUGAUCAGGGGAAUAACGUUACCGGCGUGGUGUUUGAAGAUGGCGAGCAAGUCGACUGCUCAACCUUGUGUUUCGCCAUUGGCGUGACGCCAAGAGACGAACUGGCACGAGUAUCAGGUCUUGACUGUGUCGAGCGAGGAGGCGGGAUCGCCAUUGGGAACGAUUUGCAAACCAGCCAACCUGAUAUAUACGCCAUUGGCGAAUGUGCCAACUGGCAAAGCCAAACAUUCGGUCUGAUUGCCCCGGGUGUUGAAAUGGCCGAAGUAUUAGCCUUCAACCUCACACAGGCGAAGCUUCACGCACCACGGGUAUUCAAACGCCCCGAUCUGAGCACCAAGUUGAAACUCCUUGGCGUCAACGUCGCCAGUUUCGGAGACUUCUUCGCAGAUAGAGACGGACCGAAGCACCUCCCCGCCAAGUACAGCAAGUUGACAAACGGCGCGGCUGAUCAAGCCCAAUCCGUCAAGACACUCACUUACACGGACCCCUUUCAAAACAUCUACAAGAAAUAUAUCUUCACGUCCGACGGGAAAUACCUCCUCGGCGGAAUGAUGAUUGGCGACACGAACGACUACAUCAAGGUAGUCCCCAUGGUCAAGACCAUGAAGGAACUAGACAUCCCGCCUAGCCAAUUCAUCCUCGGGGCUAAAAAGGACGGUGAAGAUGAUGGUGAUGACUUACCAGACGACACGCAAAUCUGCUCCUGCCACAACGUCACCAAGGCGGAUAUCGUCAAUACCGUCAAGGACGGAACGUGCAAGGACAUCGGGGCAAUCAAGUCGUGCACCAAGGCUGGCACAGGAUGCGGCGGGUGCAUGCCUCUCGUCACCACCAUUUUCAACAAGACCAUGGCAGCGAUGGGCAACGAGGUCAAGAACCAUCUGUGCCCGCACUUCAACUACUCCCGCGCAGAGCUGUACCACAUCAUCAUGGUGAAGCAGCUCAAGACGUUGGCGGACGUGAUGCGCGAAGCGGGCAACGACAAGACCAGCUCCGGGUGUGAGAUGUGCAAGCCCGCCGUGGGCAGCAUCUUCGCCUCCCUCUGGAACAAGCACGUCAUGGCCAGGAGCACGCAUGGACUGCAGGACACGAAUGAUCGGUUUUUGGGGAACAUCCAGCGCAACGGCACCUACUCCGUCGUGCCGCGUGUGCCGGGCGGUGAAAUCACGCCGGACAAGUUACUUGCCAUUGGGGCCGUGGCCAAGGAGUACAACUUGUACACCAAGAUCACGGGCGGCCAGAGAAUCGACAUGUUUGGCGCCAAGAAGCAGGAUCUUGUGGAUAUAUGGGGUAAACUCGUGGCAGCGGGGAUGGAAUCCGGCCACGCGUACGCCAAGUCUCUCCGGACGGUCAAGAGCUGCGUGGGAACGACGUGGUGUCGGUUCGGUAUAGGUGAUAGUGUUGGCAUGGCGGUGAGAUUGGAGGAGAGAUACAAGAGUAUCAGGGCACCGCAUAAGAUCAAGGGUGGUGUGAGCGGUUGCGUGAGAGAAUGUGCCGAAGCCCAGAACAAGGACUUCGGUCUCAUCGCCACAGAAAAAGGAUUCAACAUCUUCGUCGCCGGCAACGGAGGCGCCAAACCAAAACACUCUGAACUCCUCGCCAAGGACGUCUCUCCCGCAGACGUCAUCCCCAUUCUCGACCGCUACCUCAUGUUCUACAUCCGAACGGCGGACAAGCUCCAACGCACGGCAAGAUGGCUGGAGAACCUCCCCGGCGGCCUGAAAUAUCUCCAAGAAGUCAUCCUCGACGACAAACUCGGCAUAUGCGCCUCGCUCGAAACCCAAAUGAAGGACCUGGUGGCAAGCUACUUUGACGAAUGGGCCGAAGCCAUCAAGAAUCCUGAAAUGGCAGCCCAGUUCAAACAGUUCCACAACACACCCGACACCAUUGAAAAUGUAGAAACCGAGCAGGACAGGGGUCAAACUCGUCCCGUGUACUGGCCCAAGGACUCUGCGGCCCAAGACUUCGGCAGCCUGGGCAGCCAGUGGUCCAGCACGGCUUGGGAACCCGUCAUCCAAACGCAGUACUUUGACGGCGCAGACGACUUGCCAAACGGUAUUUCGGCGACCAUCAAGCGCGGCGACACGCAGCUCGCAGUGUGGCGGUUCAGAGGCAAAUACUACGCCACGCAGCAAAUGUGUCCGCACAAGAGGGCAUUCGUCCUGUCCGACGGACUCAUCGGCCACGAUCCUAACAAGAGCUGCUCACAGGAUGGGAAACAGGAGCCCAGUGCACCUGAGGCGGCCCCGUGGAUCUCGUGUCCCCAUCACAAACGCAACUUUGACAUGAAGAGCGGUUCCUGCAGCAAUGAUGGCUCACUGUCGAUAGCUACGUUUGCUGUUGAGCCGCGUGGCGACGGGCUGCUGUAUCUCAAACUACCGCCGGUAGAGGAGCUCGAUGCGGCGUUAGGCACGACCAGAUGGAGGGUGCGCAAGGGUGAGAGUGGCGAUUAUCCCUUUGCAGAGCUCGACAGGAAGAUACAGCUUGUAGGGAGGAAGUCUCGGAAAGUCAAUGGCAUCAAGCCCACUGUCAAUGGAUCCAUGAAUGGGUCAAGCUCGGAGAUGGUCCGGCCAGUCGUCAUGGCGGGUGGAGGUUGUGGAAGUGCACCGGACUGGUAA